UGGAAGUCGGACUGGCCCACAGACAAUCAGAUGAAAUACUGUCGUCCAUUAGCAUACAAAUUUGAACCAGACUCAAUUGGUCAGACCCUCUCGUCAAAACACAUUCAGCUCUUGAAAACAAAAUGACUCCUUCAGCGUCGUUCCGAAUUUUUGCUUUGGUCAUCUUGUGUUCCUUCUUCAUGAGCUCGUCAUCUGGAAGUGAAAUCCGGCGGAAACGCGAAGACAGCCUCCGAUGUUUGCCCUUCAACGGGUUCUUUUGCCGGUGGUCGUGUCGUCUCCUUGGCCAUUCUGAUGGAUUCUGCGAUCAGGACAAUGAGUGCCGUUGCUCGGAAGAAGGCCUCGAAAAGUACGUCUGUGGUGGGAAUGUGACAGAGACUGCGGCAAACAACCUUUGCGCUGGUUGGUGUCAGUUCCGUGGCUUGCAAACGGGUGAUUGCAACACUGAUAUGGGUGUGUGCGAAUGUACCGAAGGCGACAAGCUGUCCACCAGGCACAUCAAAUGCAUCAAUGAGGAAGUUUGCAGCAUCUACUGCCAAUUCAAGGAGAAAAAAUCUUCGGGUAUUUGUUCUGGGAAAAACGAUUGGGAAUGUAUCUGCUUAUCCAAGGAUGAAAACCGGAAGGAGAUCGAGGUUCUGGGCAACUGAUAGCGAAAAAUGAGUGUUUAUUUCCAAAAUAAUCAUUCCGGAUUGUAUAAAACGGGGGGAAAAUAUAAACUUGUUUUAUCA